AUGAAUGAUGAAUUGGAAUGCUACAUAAAGCAAAAGAUCACUUCGUUGUUGAGGAUUCGAAGCGACGUUUUUAACUCCCUCAUACAGGAAGGAAAGAAUGAAGACGAUUUAAAGUACUUCUUCCUAUCGGCACCUGUGAAUAGUACUUUGUUUUUCGUGGUACAUAGGUACACUUACGAGGACGAAUCUGACGUACCUGAUGCACCGAAGGAACCGAACGAAGAGGAAACACCGAACGAAGUAAUACACCCCUCCCAAAAUGACAAGGAAGAAGACACAGAAAAUACUAGUGGAGAUACAGAACACGGAAAAAAAGAUAAAGCAGAAGAAAAAAAUGACUCAAUAAGCAAUUACAGCCAUGUUGAUGAAGGUGAUAAUGCAGCAAAAGACAAAAACAAACAAGGGGAAAACAUCCAAAGGGCAGAAAAGGAAAAGGACAAUAACAGUGGAAGAACUGAAAUAACGAAUGAUGAUGAGGAAAAAACACCGAAAACGGAGAAAAAUGGCAUAAAAGGAGAAUACGAAUCGGAAAUUCCAUACCCAUCAAAGGAAGCCAAGAAUGAUAGGGUGGACACAAAUGUAGAGACAAAUAAAAAGGAGAAACAGACCCAGGGUACCAACACGCAUAUUGAUAAUUCCACAGAGGGAGAGAAUAAGGAAGAUGAAAAGGAGGAAGAGUCAUCAAAGGAAAACUCUCCCUCUGACGAAAAUAAAAAUAAGAAAGGGAAAAGAACGAAAACACGUUACACUUUAAAAAUGAGUUUGGGUCAUAUAGAACCGGACCACAUGGAAGAAGAAACACCAUCGGAAGAAUCUAACUUUCUCUCCAAUACAACGGAGGAGAAACAAAAAAAAAAUAACCAGGCAACCAAGCAAAUAGUGUACAUCUUAAAAAUUAAAAAUACCCCAAAUGACCAGAGGCAUGAAAACCUGGACGAAUAUUUCAACACCAAUUACACGUUUGGAAAUUUACACCACAAUUAUAUUAACAAUUUGAAGGCUUACUUUAAAAUCUUUUUUAUUCCCUUCUUUCAAUGCUUACUAAAAAAAAACGACGUUUUCGAAUACCUCGGGAAGGAGACAGACCAAAGCGUAAAAAUUGACCACCUGCUAGGCAAACUACAACACCUUAAAAAAACGGUAAUGCUAAGCAACCAAUUAGAUAACACAAAAGAAUUGAAUGAAAAUAAAUAUUUGAAUAUCAUGGAGAGAGGGAAACACACAGAUCAGAUGUACGAGUUCGGAACAAAGGACCAAUCUGUGGUAACAAAAGGGAAAAGUGAUAUCCGCAGUUAUCUUCCAACUCAGGAUAGAAUUCAGGGGAAUGAAGUCCACCCUGGUGUGACAAAGAAGGAGGAUAAUUUUCUCAAGCAUAAGAACCUCAUGAACUCCUUCUACUACCUAUUAAGCUACUACAAACAAAUUUUGAAGGUAGAACAAAUGUCGUACAACGAAAUUAAUGGAGACAUAAUUAAACUUAAGGAUGAUACAAUUAACAUUAACAAUUACCUUAGAAACAUUUCCAACAUAAUAAAAGAUUUUAUCGUCAAGGAAAAGAAAAAUGAUUCAAAGAGGAAAAAUGACAAAACGGCAGUGGAGUACUGGAAAGAACGAUACCACAGAAUUUACAGCUUAAUUGAAAAAAUUAACAGCAAAAAGUUCGAACAAAUUAUAGAAAAUAUUAAAGGCAAAAAAUAUAACGGAGAAUUGUGCAAUGAAAUAAAAUUGUUAAUCAAGGAGGUGGAAAAUAUGCACAUGGAAUCCUUUGAAAUGAUAAAAUUUAGUAAAAUCUUGGAAAAUUCUUUUGAAAAUUUAAAAUGUAAUCAUAUCAACCAAAUGAAAAAUGGCAUUAAACUGGUCAUUCGAAAGUUAAAAAAUAUUUGGUUAAGCUCAAAAUAUUUCCGAAAAGAUGAAAUUAUAAUUGCCUUCUUCGUUAGACUGUCUGACAUUAUAUUUGAAUUUAUCCUUUUCCUAGCCAUCAAGGUGAAAAAAAUGAACAAGCCAAAAAGAAUAAAGAAGGUCAUUUCAAAAUGUAUAGACAUUUUAAAAUUCUACGAAAAGGAAUUUAUUUACGUCAAAUUAGACAUCGAAAUGAUCGAUAUUCGAAAAAAUUGGUACUUUGAUAAAAACGUUAUCUUCAAAAAUAUACGACACCUACAACAUGUCUUGGCUACACUAUACACCGUCUAUUCAGAAAUUAUUUACUUCACCGAUUUGUGUCUUCUAAAAUUGAAAAAGUUGGUGAAUAACAAGCAAAUUAUGAAUAGCAUCAUCCUGGAAAUUAACAAACUCUACGAACCGUUUAACGAUGUGCUUAAGAAUAUCUAUCUCUACGAUGACGAGUCCAUUAUGCAGCUUAUGAAAGGGCUAAAUGAGCAAUGCUUGAAGAUAGAAAAAAAAUGUAUCAAAAUUAUUUAUAUCCAAUUUUCAAACCUGAGGAAUACAAAAUCGACUUACCUCUUAGUGGAGAAGUUUCAAAACUUGAAGAAGAGUUAUAAAAUAGAUAGACUCCUGAUUAAGAAACUCUACGACAUAUUAUUUCUUUACAAAAAGGAACUCUACCUGUACAUCGACCUGUUUAAUAACAUGUGCGCAAACAAAGAUUUGGACAUUUAUAAGAAGUUCCUCUUCUGCUUAAACAUAUACAAAAAGAUAAAGAUGCCAAUUUUAAUAUUCAAAAAUAAUAGCUAUAUCACCACCUCCAAUGACUACAAAAUUAUUGUUAAACUGUAUGUCAACUUCUGCAAAAAAAUGUUCUCAUACAUUAUCGAGACAUACGUCAUAUGGAAAAAUAACUCACUCUCUCAAAUGAACAAGUUUCUUUCUUCCAAUAUUAUUACCAUAAACAAACAGCUGAACUUUUUUUAUGUUAUUAAUUUUGAUACCACCUUUUUUAAGACCUUAUACGAAUACGCAUACAUUGAAUCCAUUUACGAUUUCUGCACGCCGAUCGAAAUCUUGAAUAUGUACAAUUUAAAGAGAAAGCUGUACAGGUAUUUAUACGAACUCAAUGAAAUAAUUUUUUUCUUCAAAAAUUUUACUACCACCACUUCCACCAUUCAACAGAAAGUAUUAAUAAAGUUUUUCCAGUGCUUCGAACAGAAACUCAUAUAUAUAUCCAACAACAUCAAUUGGCUAAACUUAAAUAUAGACCACUACAUAAACGAUUUAAAAAACUGCAAAAGUGUAAUAGAAAAUGUGCAUGUGUCUCUCUCCUACUCUCUGAACAGUAUAGACAAAAUUAUUUACAACAUGCAAAAUGUUAACCUCGUUAGAUACAUACAAUGGGGAAAUAUGAAACCCUUGCACAUACAACCCUUUUUCAAUUAUUUUGAAGAAUAUAGAAUAAACCAAGUGAACAGAAUCUUACAAAAAUACAAAGAAAUAUCCCAUAUUUUAAUUAAAAUAGAACAAAUAGUUGAGAAAACCAAAAAAGGAAGAUGUGAAAUUAUGGACGAGCUGUACUACCUAUAUCAAUGCAAAAUUUACAAGUGCCUAAGUCUUAUUAUCAUUAAAGGGUUAUGUAAUUAUGAAACACUAAUUGAAAAUGAUUUUCAGAAAAAACUUCUAGAAAAUUAUAAACCUUGUCUAUAUAUCAAGGAAGACAUUUAUUCGGAUGUGUUCCUCAACAACUCCAUACAAAAUAUCUUCAAGCUGAUCUCUAAAUUGUUAACCAAUUUACUUCUAACUUCUUCCGAAUUUAUCAGAUGGCUCGACUAUUCAUGCAUUGAAGUGCCCAUAUCGCUAAAGGAAGACUUCGAGUUCCUCAAAAUGAAAUUCUCCUUCUACCAAAGCGUUAGCAAAAAUAAAAUUAUCAUCGACCGGAUCAUACACAUACAUCAGUUAAUACAAAAUGUUUUUCAAAAGGCGAACAAAUACAUAUACAGCUUUAUGAAUUACGAUAAUAUUAUUAACUCCAUUGUUAAAACACAAAGUAGCUUUAAUAUUCACCAAAAUAUUUCCUACCCUCUCAUUUUCUAUGAUAAUAUCCUAAAAAAUAUUACUAACAUACAAAACAAAAUUGACAGAGAAAAUGAUAAAAAGACCAUUCAAUUUAUUUCGCUCAAUAUUUCCUUUGUCCUUAACUCCAUAAAGAACAAACUCCUCGACUCCAAGAAGUUCUUUUUUAAUAACCUCCAUUUUAUAUUCACCACGUUAAAAUGUUCCACGAUGAGCGAAAUUACGAAAUAUAGCGGCAUACUGGAGACAUGCACGAGCUCCAUGGAUAAGUAUGAGAAUAUUAUAAAAACGAUAAAUACGAUUAAGGCUGAAAAUAUAAACAUCGAAAUGAAUAUUCAAAAGACAGAAGAAAUCUACAACAUGCUUACCAUAUACGGUGACAACACAACAAAGGAGGAGCAAAAGGAAAAGUUGAUUCUCCUGUACCCCCAGUACCUAUGUAUGCUGAACUCCGCUUUCUUCAACGACAACCUCAUGUUUACCAUAAAGCAGGAGUUUUACAAGAACACAAAAAAUAAGAUAAUCGUCUUCGAAGAAAAAGUGAAAAGUAUUUUGAAAAAGUUUCAUAUGUUCGGACCGUCAUCAGAAAAUAUCGAUUUAAGCGAAGGAAUGGAAAGCCUAAAGAAAUACAUCAACGACUUCAAAACAAUGGAAAUUGAAAAGGAGGAAAUAAUUAAAGCCCAAAUUUUAUGCAACAUGAAAAUUUUCCAAUUCGAAAAUUUCUACCUCCUAAAAAACACCAUAAAAAUUUACAACUCUAUCUACUCGAUCUAUAAUUCAUACACAACGAGGAUAAAUGACUUCCUCGACAUAAUAUACUACAAGCUAAAUAUUAAGGAAAUAAAUAAAUCCUUAAAGGAGGUGAAGAGCGAGUUGAUGGAACUGCAAAAGGAUCAACCCGAGGCAACAAAUAUUUUGCCGUUCAAAAAAAUAAAUGAGGAACUAAACAAAAUGAACACAACGCUCAUAAUCGUGUAUCUUCUACAAAACACAAACAUGAAACUCACCAACUGGCAAGAAAUAAUAGACCUGCACUUGAAGAGAAACAACAUAAAGGAUCCAAUCACCUUUGAAAAUACCAUCAUCAUUAACGAAAGGAAUAUUAACAUAAAAUCUAUAACGCUGUAUGAUAUGUACGAGCUCAAAAUAUACCUAUACUUUAACGAUAUCAAGUAUAUUAUAUAUAAAAUUAAGGAAGUGGAGAAGCUAGAAAAACAGCUGAACAAAAUUGAAAAUAACUGGAAACAAGAAACACUAAAAAUUAUAAAAUGUAACGAUCAUUUUAUACUGGACAACAACAAAAACAUAUUUAAGAAUAUCAAAAAGACAUUUAACGAUUUGCAUCAAAUGAGGAACUUAAAAUUCGCGCAAGAUUUAAUACCCAAAAUAACUCAUUUGCAGAACAAGUUGCUUUUCAUUCACGAACUCUUGUCCCUGUGGAUAUUGACCCAAGACAAAUGGGCUAGACUAGAAAGAUUUUACAACAAUGAAAAUUUCAAUCACUUCAGCAACGAAAUGAAAAAUUUCAACAAAAUAAAUAAAACUUACUUUGAGAUAAUGAAAAAUGCGAAGAAAAAUCUGAACUUAUUCCACAUUUGCAAUACGCAAUUUUUUUAUUUUUUGAAAAAUUAUUAUGAGCGUGUGUUAUUUUUGUUAAACGAGACAAUAAGCUUAUUGCAAGAUAAGAAGUUUUCCUUUCCGGAUUUUUUUUUUCUGAACGACGAGGAGUUGUUUUCUCUGCUCUCCAACACUGAGACGGAGAAUUUGAAAAAAUACUGUUUCGUAAUUUACGAAGAACUUUUGUCCUUUAACGACAUAGACAAAACGAUUAUGGAAGUCGUUACUACCAAGAAUAACACCCUCAAUUUGAAAAAUGGGGUGAAGAUAAUGGGCAUAGACACAUACGUAAUAUUGAAAGAGAAAAUCAAAAGCACCCUGAAGGAAAACAUUCUAUCCAGUUUGAAAAGCUACUACAACACUAACAAGAUAAUCCCGAUAAUUAUGAACAACGUGUCUGUCGUUUCCAGCACGGUCAUAAAAAUAAUUCUAAGUGAAGAAAUAAAAAACGUGUUGCAACAGAAAAGUGUAGAAUACACCCAAGGGGUUAUGGAUAAGCACAAAGAUUUGUGCAACGACAUAGCAGAGGAAAUAAAAAAAGAAAAAGGAAAAAACGCACAGAAAAUAGAACAAGCCUUAAUUAUAUACUUGGAAUUUAUAGACACAUUAAAAAAAAUAAUCCAGGAAAAUUUAUUUGACGAAAACAACUUUUUCUUGUAUUACCAAUUUAGAUAUAGCGUCGACAGGAACAAGGAGCAGAUUGCAGUAAAAUAUGGAAACUACAGUUUUAAAUACAACUAUGAUAUAUUAGAAAAUAACAACCUAUUCAUAAACAUGCUUUCCAAUAAUAAAUACGUAUUUUCGAUCUGCUCCAAUAUGCAUAAGAGCUAUUAUAGCAUUUUGUGCGGGAAGAACAGAACAUCUACUAUUCGGUACAUCACAUCUACACUAGGACAAAGAACAUACUUCCUAGAUGGGACAACACACAACAUAAAAAAUUACAUCCUGGGGUCAAUUCAGAUGGGCUAUGCUGUGGUCUUCCAAAAUGUGGAAAAUAUGAAAGUGGAGCUAUUGUCCGUCCUUACGAACGCAUUCAGAUCUAUCCAAACAUGCCUGAAAAAGAAGGAGAAGAAUAUUUACCUCUUCAGCAAAGACGUGGUGUUUAAUAGUAGCUCUCUGAUAUUCUUCACGUCAAAGUCCUCCGGGUGCAGAAGCGUCCCCGUCAAUUUAAGGAGCCUGUGCAGAGAAAUUAUCCUAAGGAACUGCCAACAGAUCGAACUAGUGGAGAUACUGCUCUACGUGAACAAUUUUCAAAACGUGAAAAACCUUUGCAUAAGAAUUUGCAAUUUUGUGGAGUACUUGAAUUUUAUUUAUUUCCGUUCAGAAAAUAAUGUGCUAAAUGACAUCAUCAACAUUAUACGCUUGUGUAAGAAGGAAAAUCAAGAGAAAAGCACAGACCAGGUCCUAGCGAAAUAUAUUUUUAUCUACUACUACGAUAAAUUAAAGGAUAUUAAGCAAAAUGAUCUGCACAAUUUGAUAAAAAAAUUUCUAAACGUGGACUUGAAUGUGAAGUAUAAUUUGCAAGAUGGACGGGAACGACUCAAGGAGCUCCUAAAGGAGGAGUGUAUUUACCUCAAGGAAGAUUUGUUCCACAAGUAUGAAAAGGAUCUGUACGUGUUGAAGGAGAAGCUGUAUAAUCAGUCCCUGUCUUUACUUUUUGGAAGAUCCCACACGGGAAAAUCGACACUGAUAAAAAUUUACAGCAAAUUGUAUGGUCAUAAAUAUGGUUUCAUAUAUUUGGACUCCCUGUAUGACUCCCAGAAUCAUUUCAAUGAAGCCUAUCUACGCCAAGUCGUAAAGAAGAAACAAGAAAAGCACAAACAAUACACACUCAUCAUGAAACUCAAUUUUCUGAACCCCAUCAUAUACAAUGUGUUAUCCCUGGAUAACCUGCUUUACCCUCAAAGGGAGCAAGUCCAUGGGGAGCACGCAGAAAACGGAGUGAAGAUGAUAAUUGAGUGCAAAGACAUAUCCGCCAUGGAUCCAUACCUCCUGAACAAAAUGAAUAAAAUUGCCAUCAAGGAUAACAUCAACAUUUACAACUAUUUUAAAAACAAAAGCUCCAAAUUAAUAGACGACAUUCUUAACACAAACUUCUUCUUCGAAAAAAACGCAGAGAAUGAUAAAACAUCCUUAACUUAUAUAAACAAUUAUGAAGAAAAAAAAAAAAUUCUUCUCGAAUUGUACAAUGAGUUGAAAUUAUUUUAUAGGAAUUUCUUUCUUCCCAUUUUUCAUUACAUAGAAAAGAAAAAAGGAAAUCAUUUUAACAUAAAUUAUUUCUACACAAAAGAGGAGGAUGCAAAAAAUAUGAGCCUCGGUGAUGGUCACGUAUCGCGCACUUGUCUCUUCCAUACCAAUGUGGAUGAGAAAAUAAUAAUAAAUAAUUUUAUCGACAUUUUUAAAAGCAACAUAUUAAUUUUUUUAAGAGAACGGGAGCUGAACCAAUUUUUACCCGCUGAUGAUGCCAACACAGGAAGUGCACAUAACGAUUUGUCUGCUCUCCCACAAAUGGUACAACAACAAGAGGGUACACACUGCCAGGCGGAAGCCGAGCUAACAGAACAAAACUGCCGACAAUGCGUCACGAAGGAGGAGUACGACUUGGAUAAUAUAAACAAAAAUUACAUAGAGAAUGUAUGUAUCCUACAAGCUGAGGCGGAAAAUAGUAAAAAAGUGCAAUUGUAUAGCAAAAAAGAAAUCUCUAAAAUUUCAAGAAUUAAAGAGAAGGCUCUUUUUAUUCUAUUAAGUUGUCUCGAUUUUUUCUUUAACAAUUUUUUAAAUGAUCAAGAGAAAUCUAACUUUUUUAUCUUUUUAAAACAGUUGACUUCCUCUAAUAACGUUCAUUUGGGGUGCAAUUUGGACAGUUCCUUCUACCACAUAGAGAAGGAUGCCUGGAUUCCCCUCGGCGAUUUUUUUAUGUCCUCUCCAAAAAAUCAUUUGGAUGAAAAUUUCUUAAUAUAUUACGACGAAGAAAUGAAGAAGAGGAUCAACUCCAUUAGCUUACUCUACAAGGGGGAGUCCAAUAUUUGUCUCAUCGGAAGCACCAAAAACUGCAAAACUGCCAUACUAAAAGAAGUCGUGAACAAACACCCCCAAAUUGACCACCUCAUGAUCGAUGUUUUGAAACACACCAAUGUGUUAAAUUUUAAAGUGCUAUACGAAAAAAUGACAAAAAAAAACGUUAAAAAAUACUUCCACCGCUCUGUCCUCUAUAUAUGCAUAGACGAUAUCCACAUUAAUUACGAAAAAGGCAACAACCCAUCCAUCGAAUUCCUCCACAAUUUACAAAGGAACUUGUGUUACUUCGAGAACAAAUCCCUUACCGUCCAAAAUGUGAAGAGCAUAAUAUCCCUAAACGUCGAGCAUAUGAAAAGUAAUAGCUACUACGAAUCAGUUUCCUAUUCAUACGCCUCGAUUUUUCUAAACAGUACCAGAAAGGGUCUACUGGGUUAUUUUAGCGCGCUCAUAAAUCACACUCUCAAGGGUGCAUUCCAGGAAAUACACACCAAGCUAGUAAACUACAGCAUGGAUAUCUUCUUCAAAAUACACGAAGACAUCAAUUUUGAGGAGAAGAAGGAAAACCAUUUGCUGUUCACAAAAGAAAAUAUUUUUCUACUUUAUGAAGACUUCUUUUACACCAAGUGGAAUUUUCAAAAUGAGCAGGACGUCGUGGCAAAUUGGUGCGAAAGUGCCGAACGCAUCAUCCUGAAUAGGAUACUCAAAAAGGAGAACAGAAAGGAUAUCCUCAAAACGAUGAGAACCAUGGCUGAGAAGCAUUUUCAGCACUUAUAUCGGGAAUGCUCGUUCACCUACUUGAAUUACUUUUGCAAAGAGGUACACGAAAAGGUCGACGCAGAUUCGCUGAAAGAGGAAUUAGUGAGGAGCCUAAGCAGCUACAACAACCUCUACAUUAACACAAAAAUGUUCGUGGAAUUCUACUUCAAAAAUAUAAUACAUGUCUACAAGAAUAUAAGUAAAAACAUAAAUUCUUCGAUGAUCAUUUGCAUGAACAAAAAGAGAGCCAUCAUAUUGCUAAACGCAAUUGCCUUUCUCUUAAAUAUAAACACUGUACUGAUUAACAAGUCUAAUACUUUGGAAAAUUCUCCAGAAAAAAUUAAUUACUACAACAGAUUAAGAUUUAAGAGACACCUUUUCAUACUCAUAAACCAUUCCUACCAUUUUGAUGAUUAUUUUUACUCCUUAAUUUACAAAAAGUUUUCCUCUGCUCUCUAUGACAAAAAGGAACUUUUCCACAUGUACACAAAAACGAAUUUGAUAUCCAAUGAACUCAAGUGGGAGAACAUCCAAAAUAUUAUGAAAAAAAAUACCUACGUUUGCCUAGUGCACGAGAAACGGUUCGAUCUUUACUCAAGCAACUUUCAAAAUUACAAAAACGUCUACAGCGACUUAAAUGUUGUGCACCUGGAUAGUUGGUCCAGGGAGGAAUAUACGCACUAUUGCCACCUGUUCUUAAAGAACCAUCAAGGAAAUCACUUCAUUGAUAAUAUAUUGAACAACUUCAAAAAAAAAGCUAUCCUAAAUACGUUGGAAGAUGACAUUGAAGAUGAAGGCAAAAGCAUCACGCUUCAGAAAAGAGAAAAGACAAAGGGGAAAAAUAAGGCGAAACAAAUCCCCAUAAACUCGCAGAAUUACACAAAGAAAAACAAAAACGAUAACAAGAAAGUCAGCGAAAAUGAUAAAGGAAGUGAAGUUGUAAGAGAGAAUGUUCUUCCAAAUGAGGGGGAAAAACAGACAAGCGCUGAGGUGGACAACACGGUAGACACUCAGGUGGGAAGAAAAGAAGAAACGCAUCAUGGCAUAGAAAAGCAGAGCGGAAGCGAACACGCAAAAGAAGAGAAUGAAGAUAGUCUGGUUCAUGAUACCCCAGAUGUGGAUAACGAAAAGGAAGGAAAUCUUCUCAAGCCGAAUGAUGAACAAAGCGAAAGAGAUGCCAAGUUGGAUCCAAACGAAAAUUCUGAGAAACCAAAAGAAGAACUGAAAAAAUCGGAUGACAUAGAUAAAGGAGUACCAGAAAAGAAGAAAAAGAUAAGCAAAGGAAAAAAAAACAACCAAAGUGGAAAUGAAAAAAAAAGUGUUGUCAAAAAGAACCAAGGGGAACAAGGCGGCAAGAAGAUAAACAGUAAAGCAGCGAAGAAUGGAAAGGAAAACGAAAGGAAAAAGAAUUUUAAAAAUAAUGAAGGAAAAUCCACGUCUUCAUCACAAAUUAAGGAAAAAAUACAUUCCUUGGGGUCUCAAACUAUGCCUAGGAAAGCCUCUGAUAAGCCUAUCGAAAAGGGAAUAACAGAGAAGAAGGCCUCUCCACCCAAAAGCGCAAUCAGUGCUAGUUCGUCCAAACAAAACGAUAAAAAGAAGGAAAUACAAACUAUAGGAGGUCCAAAAACGAUGAAAAAAGGAAACGCCACAUUAAAAAGUGUACCCACGGUUAAGGGAAAAAGAGACAAAGAAAGGGAUACACAUAAUAAUCUGAAGGGUAAACCAACACAUAAGAAAAAAUUUCAAAAGGCGGGCCAAAAAAGUAGCAAAAAAGAAAUGAGCCAAAUAGACAACGCUAUAUCAAAAAUACCGGUGGGGGAAAAUACAAAAUACGAAGAAGCGGAGGAUACGAAAGAAGGCGGAAGUGAAAACCUCAUGAAAGACGCAACGAAGGGUAUCGUUACCAAUGAUAAGAACAAUGUCCAUCGGGGUGAUGAACAAGAGAAUGAACUAAAAGGGGACCCAAAGAAGGAAGAAUGUUAUGAAAGUGGAAAAGAUGCAGAGGAACAGGACAAUCAUAAGGAACCUCAGAAGAAGGAAGAAAAAGAGGAAGAUACGCAGGAAAGGGCACAGAAGGAUGAAACAAAACUCUCGGGUGAAGAUUCGCUCCCAAAAGGAGGAAACGAAGAUGGCACAAAAAAUAAGGAGUACCUGAAUUUAAAAGAGUACAACAAAAAAGCAAUACACGAAUUCAACAAUUGCAACGAAGAAGUAAAUAAGCACAGUUUUUACAGCAUGAUUGAGACACAACUUGAAAAUGUCGUAGACGUGUUCAUACAAGUAUACUACGAUUUGAAAAACUUUUUAAAAAGAAAAAAGUCCAACUUAAAUUUUAUACGAAUUAACAAGUACAACUUCACAGACGCACUAAUCAUGUUUUACAUCUUACUAAAAAAUAAAUUAAACUACAAAAAUAAACAACUCCAUAUGUUCAAAAUGGGGCUGAAAAAAGUGGAAAACAUAUUCGAAAAUUAUAACAAUAUGAACGAAGAAAUACAGUCCAUCCACUCAUCCAUAAAGGAAAUUGAACAAAAAAUUGAACACCUCAACAAUUCCAUAAAGACAAAUUCGAAGAUACUACUGGACACAGAACAACACUUUAAUGCAAAUCAACAAGUGCUGAACAAACUCGCAAAUGAUAUUGACGAAAUGAUAGAAAAUAAAAACGAAUCGGAAAAACAAAUUGAAGAAGAAUGCAUAAAUAUCAUCUUCAAAAUUCAGAAUGUAGAAAAUAAUGAAAUUAAAAAUAUACUAAAAAUAGCAACUCCAGAUUUAACGCAAAUGUGCAUUGCCAUUAUGAUAAACACACUGGUCAGAAAUUCCUUCCUAAAUGAUAAUAACGACAAUUGGAAUUAUUUUAAAAAUUUUAUCGCAAAGGAAAACUUCUCAAAAUUCUUCUUCAAUUUUAAGAAGGAAAAUAUAACUGAUAAGCAGAUUAAGAGGAUUAAGGAAUACAUGUCCAAAGAUGAGAUUGUGUACGGUUCGAAGAAAAUCCUCCAAACGAACAACUUGUUUACGCACUUUUUCGAGUGGAUUACCUUCCUCAUUAAGUAUAAGGAGUACUACAAGAAUAACUCCCAGAUACAAGAAACCAUUUCAAAUAAUAAGUUAAAGAAGGAACACUAUGAAAAUGAAAACGAAAAUCUAAGAGGACAAAUGCACCAAAUUAAGGCCACCAUCAUAAACAACAAACAGGAUGUACAUACACAGACAGAAAUUGUAGAAAAUUUAAAUAAAAAAUUACAAAUGAUUAAUAAAUCCUAUUUGCCAAUUUUUGAAAUUAAGCAAUUUUUAGAAAAAAUAAAAAAGAAAUAUAUCUACACGAUUGAAAAAAUUGAAAAUAAUUAUAAAUAUAUUGUAUCAGAAGUUUUACUCUUCUCCUUUUUCCUAAAUUACUCCUCUCCCUUUAACUACAAAUACAGAACCUACUUGCUCAACAAGUGGAAACAAACUAUAAAAAAAAGUAACAUCCUCAUAAGGGACGACAUCAAAAUAGAAAGUAUCUACUCAUGCGACAGCAUCGUCUCGCUCUUCAUAUCGGAUAACUUCCCAAGACACAUUUUUUACAUUCAAAAUGCGCUAAUCUCGCUAAACCAUUUCAGAUGGCCACUCCUCCUGGACGAACAAAAUAUCGGAAUCGACUGGCUAAAAAAAAGUUAUAGCAACAACUUAGUCAUUCACAAUUUUGAUGAAAAUUUAAGCAAACAUUUGGACAUGUGUAUAAUAUAUGGAAAGAGCUUGAUCAUUCCAUUUUUUAAUUUUCAAAAUUUGUACAUCUACGAUAAGAAAAAUGACGAAGGAUUCAACUGCGAUGAGCAACACGAGGACAACUUCAAGCGAGUGCGGCUCGAUCUGCUGAAGAAGAAACACUUCCUCAACUUUAAGUUAAACCGUAGGGAGAUUAAGAUGAACUCCAACUACAGUAUCUUAGAACCCGUCAUUGAGAGAAAUGUGUACUUGGCCAACGGGAAGUACUACAUCAACAUAGGCAAGAAGAAACUAGAGUACAACAGCCAGUUUAGGCUCUUCCUCGUGAGCGACACCAGCGAUAGGUACUUCCAAGACGUGGAGGACUACGUAAAUAUCAUUGACUUCCAGAUAGACAAAAACUUAAUUGUAAACAAAAUUGUAAAUAUCAUACUGAAGCACGAAGAUGAAAAGAAAGUUAUCAACUUUAACACGAAAAUUAAAAACUUCUAUGAGACGAAGCAGACUCUGAAAUUUCUGGACGAUGGAAUGAUCAUUGAGCUCUGUACAUUUAACCACAAAGCAAAUAACAACAAGAAUUUGAUGAACGUUAUAAAUAGCAAUGUUUUGAAAAAAAUUGAAAUAAAGAAAAUGCUAAAAGAGUACAAACAGGAAAUUAACAGAAUUAAAAACUCUUCCGAAAAUAUAAAGCUUUUGGGCUACCGAUUCCAUACCAUUUAUAAAGUACUAAAGAAACAGUCCAGAGCAAAAUCAAAUUACAAUUUCAACUUCAAUUAUUUGUUAAAUAUUCUAAACAAUUUAAUUAAACACAUUAACAAAAAGAUGCUAAUUUGUAAUUUCAACCAACUGAUAAAAAAAUUCACACACAAUUGCUUUGUGUUCUUGUUAAAUACGAUACAUAAGAAGGACCAUCUCUUCUUCAGUUUCCUCUUUUACUCCUCUUUAAUAUUCGAAGAAAAAAAGCUUCAUCACUUUGGUAAAUCCAUCAAAGUGGAAAAGGAAAGGUAUUACUCCCUUUUCUUACAACUUGAAAAAGUUGAAAACAUGGACACACAUGAUUCGCUCUCUGUAAAUAUAGAGUGGCUAAAUGAGAAGAAGAAAAGGCAGCUCCAAUUUUUGCAUAAUGAAUGCCCAAAUUUGAAAGCGCUCAUUCAAGACAUGAAGAAUAACUCUAUGGAAUAUCUCAAUUGGUACAAAGAGAACAUUCCGGAAGAUAAUUUGUUCUUUCUAAAAAAAACGCAACUGGAAAAGUUAGAAAAGCUAGAAGUAAUCCUAUUUCUAUACAUUAUGAGGAAGGAUAGACUCUACUAUUACAUACACUCUUUGCUCUCCAAUUAUUUGGACUUGUCUGAAAAUAUGAACAACGAUACCCAUAUGAAUAUAUCCAAGGAUCUAAAUUACAUAGAUGCCAAAACGUUUAUGUAUAUUACAGAACCAAACACUUAUUACGAUCCUGUUCUUCUCAAACACAAAGCUACAAAAACACUCAGCGUCGGAAAUAACUUCAACAGUGAAAUACAAAUAGUGAUAGAAACUUCGCUACAAAAUGGAAAUAAAUUAUUACUAGAAAAUUUCCACUUGAUAAAUUUCAACAUUGAAAAAUUCUACGAAAUUUAUAAUAAUAAAAAAAUUCAUUCAAAUUUCGAAAUGUAUUUAACAUCAGAAAAGGCAGAGACGUCCAUUUCGAUUAUGAAAAGAGCCAUUAAAAUAUAUUCACACAAAAAUGAAUAUUUAAAAAAUUUCCUUACAGAUUUAUUUUCCUAUGUCCAUCAUAUGUAUAAAGAUAAAUUAAAAAAUAACUUUGUGAACUCAUUUCUCUUCUCUCUUUCCUUUUUCCAUAGCAUUUUAGCAUCCAGAUGCAAUUAUGAUAAUUACGGUUUUGAUCAACCUUACUACUUCGACAUCAAGGAUUUCGAAAAUACAUUCGACUGUCUCCUCGCAUAUUUUGAUUUUGUCCAAAUGAACACCGCCUCACCUGCCGGAUCUACUUCCUCUACACUUAACUCUAACCUUCUUAUUGACAACCCUAUCCACCAGGAAGCGCAUAUCCAGGAAGUUAACAUCAACUGGGCCUUCGUAAAAGACAUUAUUCUAAAUGGGUACGGAAACAAAGUCAACGCCAAUGAUCGGAAAAUCCUAAAGAGUUACGUGAAGGAAUAUUUCAACGAGUACUCCUUUAAUGAGAAAAACGAGUUCGUCUACUCUACCGACGAAAACUUCCAAUAUAAAUUUAUGAUGAAUCGAUCUAUCAAGGAGUAUGUCAAUAUUAUUAAGAGCUACCCACUCAUCAACAGCUGCAAAACAUACGGAAUGAAAAUGGAAGCUGACAAGAAGAAACACGAAAAGUACAAUGAAAAUAUGCUAAAGAAUUUGAAUAAAAUUUAUAGGGAGGAAGUUUUAAUAUACAAGAAGGAAAAUAAUGAUGGCGAUAUUUUCUUCAACCUGGACAGUGACUACUAUUCCAGUUCGUUACUCAACACAGAUGAUGAGGAAGGUGGAAUGUUCGUGAGGGGAAAAGAUAAACCAAUUGUGUGUGAAAGAAAAUCUUUUGAAAAACCCACAUCUGAAUGCCAAAACGGGGAAGACGCGAAUAAUACUCCUCUAAUUGACCAUUCAUCUCAACAUGGUGACGGACCAACCAUUACUGAAGCGAACGGUCAGACGAAUGAUCUGACGAAUGAUCUGACGAAUGAUCUGACGAACGAUCAAACGAACGAUCAAACGAACGGUGACAGGGAAGACGACGCAAAUUUCUUCACAAAAACGUACAGAGGGAAACCCAUGGAGGAAGAACCCAUGAACAGACGCAAAGCGGAAAAUAUGGAUUUCCUAAAAAAUAUUAAAAAAAUGAACGAAUUCUACGAAUUGAUAAAGAAGCUAAAGUGUACAUUCAAAUAUAACAUCAGCAUAAAUGCAGAGUGGGCCAAAGGAAACAUAACGACCAUCCAAUCAUGUUGCAAAAACGAAACAGAGAAAUUUAAACAAAUUACAAAUUUAAUAUACAACGAUGUAAUAAAAAUUGAGCAGGAGUUAAAUAAAAAUAAAAAAAAAAUCGACAAAGAGACCAAGCUAAUUAUGAUAUCCCUCUCUUUAAAUGAAGUGCCAACAAAAUGGAUGUCCAAUUUUAACAAAAAAAUAAAAACUAUCGAGAGCUUUCUUACAUACUACGAAAAUGUAAAAGAGCAACUCUACUUUUGGAAUAUCACAGGGGAAUUACGUUUCUAUAAUAUACAAUAUCUUUUUGAUCCGUUAAAUUUUUUUAACGCUUUGUUGAUAAAAUUCAGUUAUGUGCAUAAAAAAAAAUUAAGCGACUGCAUAUUUUUGUCCAGCAUAAAUAACACCCUCGACAUGAAGAGGAGAAAAAUUCCGGCCCAUUUCCAGAAAAAUUUCUUCUACAGUAGUGAUGAAGAGGAUGCGUUUUCUUCCAACCAUAUUAACUACUCCGAUUAUGUGCACUACGAGGUGGAUUCUUGCUGCAACGUCGAUGUGUCCGGGCUCCACACCUUGAACGACAACUUAGAGUGUCUAGGCGUCAAGCCAAGGAGCAACAAAAAGUACGACGAAAUCCCCAUCGUAACCUUAAGCGUUAUCGAGAGGCGAGAAAAAAAUAUACUCAAGGACAAAAAAAUACCGCUUUACCAGUACAAGUAUAGCUCAAAGUGCAACAAAAAAAAUAACAAAUUUAUAACAAACUUAUAUUUCAAGUCGGACAAGCACAAGUCAUUCAUUUACAUUAAUAAGGUGUAUCUGUUCAUUUAUAACUAA